AUGGGAAACGGUGAUCACAAAGAUGAUGAUGAAGAUGGGGGAAAAGAAGAAAAACCGGAAGAAAAAGAAAAAACAAAUGGUAGCAGCGGUGACGGCGGAGGCGGUGGUGGGGGUGGUGUUGGUGGUGCAGUGGCACAAUUAGGAAAAGAUGGAAAAGAAUGGUGCGGUGUGAAGGUAAACAAUACGGCGGUUACGUUAACACCGGAAGCUCCAAGAGAAACUUGGGAUAAAAAAGUUGAAUUCCUAUUGGCCGUCAUAGGUUUUGCCGUUGAUUUGGUAGAAAAUUAUUAUUAUUAUAUUACAGGUGCUUUUCUCAUACCUUAUUGCAUCAUGUUGAUAUUCGGAGGUUUACCGUUAUUUUACAUGGAACUCGCACUCGGACAAUUUCACAGAUGCGGUUGUUUAACAAUCUGGAAAAAAAUUUGUCCAGCGUUAAAAGGAAUCGGAUACGCAAUUUGUUUAAUCGAUGUUUACAUGGGAAUGUAUUACAAUACGAUCAUUGGAUGGGCCGUUUAUUAUUUUUUUGCUUCAUUUAAUUGGGAAUUACCCUGGACAACAUGCGAUCCAGAAUGGAGCACGCCAUUAUGCGCUCCGACAAACGAUACUAGUAAAAAUGAUAGUUCUUUACCUGCAAAAGAAUAUUACGAGAGAAAAGUUUUGGAAAUGCAAAAAGGAAAUGGUUUGGAUGAUAUGGGACCGAUUAAAUGGGAACUUGCAUUGUGCGUUUUUGCCGUUUUUCUUUUAGUUUAUUUUUCCCUUUGGAAAGGAGUUAAAAGUACUGGAAAAGCGGUUUGGGUCACAGCUCUUGCACCAUACGUCGUUUUAUUUAUACUUUUAGCACGUGGUGCUACUCUACCUGGAGCUGGAGAUGGAAUACUAUAUUAUUUGACUCCAGAUUGUAGUAAAUUACUGGAAAAAAAAGUUUGGAUUGAUGCAGCUUCACAAAUAUUUUUCUCACUCGGACCUGGAUUCGGUACUUUAUUAGCAUUGAGCUCUUAUAAUAAAUUUAAUAAUAAUUGCUACAGAGACGCCAUUUUGACAAGCAGCAUAAAUUGUUUGACGAGUUUUGUUGCCGGUUUCGUUAUUUUUAGCGGUUUGGGUUACAUGGCACAUGUUCAGAAUAAGAAAAUUGAUCAGUUAGACAAAGAAGGACCAGGUUUAGUUUUUAUUGUUUAUCCAGCAGCAAUAGCAACGAUGCCAUUUUCAUUUUUUUGGUCGAUAAUUUUUUUCCUCAUGUUGAUAACUUUGGGUUUGGAUAGUACUUUUGGAGGUUUGGAAGCUAUGAUAACGGCAUUAUGCGAUGAAUAUCCAAAAUUAUUGGGUAGACACAGAGAAAUAUUUGUGGGAGUUUUAUUAUGUUUAAUUUAUAUAUGUGCUUUGCCGACAACAACUUACGGAGGUGCAGCAUUAGUCGAUUUGUUAAAUGAUUACGGACCGAGCAUUUCCAUACUUUUUGUCGUUUUCGUUGAAGCAGCUGGAGUUUUUUGGUUUUACGGUGUUAAUAGAUUUUCUGAUGACAUUGAAAAAAUGUUAGGUUUUAGACCUGGAUUAUUUUGGAGAAUAUGUUGGACUUAUAUAAGUCCUCUCUUUUUACUCUGCGUUUGCAUAUUUUCUCUUACCUCAACUGGAGAUGAAGGAGAUUUAAAAUAUUCUAGAUGGAGCAUAAAAAUCGGUUGGGUAUUAACAGCAUCAUCUUUAGCAUGUAUACCAUUAUACAUAGUUUACAUAAUAGCAAUCACUCCAGGAAAUCUAAUACAGAGACUCUCUAAAAUAAUCAAACCGGAAGAAAGUUCGAAUCAUUUAGCGGUAAAUUAUAAUUAUAAUUAUGAAAUUGGAACUCACGUUUGA